CAUGCAUUUUACAACAGUCCCUCCGCGAGCAAUCCCCACGCCUCAUCCCCACCCUCGGAGGGGGUCUGGGCUUGAGGUUGCAGGGUCUGCAGCAAGAGUGUGGUGGCAGCACUGUCAAGUUGUGAUCCAUGGCAGAGCAUGGUUGGCCAUGGCGGGUUCAUUCCGCAGCACCUGACACGUGUCCUCAUGUGCCCGGCAGUGUGUAGGUGCUGGGGCCACCGUGUGGAGCGAGGUAUGGGCUGUUCUUGGGGUUCCUCAGGGAACCAGUGAAACAAGUGAUAAGUAAUAAGGGCUGGUGCUGAGAGUUAUGCAGGGACCCCAGCUCAUGUGGGAAGGGGGCUGGUCAGGAAGGCUUUGGGACCAGCCACAUAAUUCCUGGGCACAUUGCAGUGUGAAAGGGUGGGAUCCUUUGAUCAGAAAUUUACUAAGGAGCUCAAGAUGGUGACAGCAGGGCAUUAAACCAAGCAUGGGGCCUUUGGGGGCAUGGGACUCUGUAUCUGCACAGAUUGCACACCCGUAAAGCCAGCCCUGGGAGUUUUCCUGGAGGAAGUGACAUUUAAGCUGAGCUAGACUGGGUGAGAAGGAGUCAGCCAGGUGGAGAGAGCAUGUCCAAGUGGAGGAACCGCCUGUGCAAAGGCCCGGCCGUGAAUGUGGGUGUAGUGUAUUCGAGGAACAGAGACACUCAGCCUGGCCGGGGUGGAAAAGCUGGGGCAGGUCCCGGAAGGGAGAGAGCAGGAUGACGGGAGGUGGACGAGGGGCAUAGGAGUCCCUCAGAAAGUGUUCGGGCUGAAGAGGAGGGCAGCAGGAAAGUGGCUCUUCAGCCUAGGGCAGCCUCACCCAGAGAGGCCUUGGGCUGGGACUAGAGGAGAUCCAGGAAGAGCAGGGUGGGCAGAGUCAGUAGGCAUGAAUGUGGGGACAAGGAUGGCUGCCAGGCACCUGACAAGGCUGAGUCCUGGCUGCUGGCAGGGGAGGGAAGGGCUGGAGGCCACUGGGCUUAGCUGACCUCCAGGUGGCCAAGGAGUCCCUAAGCCAACACCCUCUUCUUCUGAAGGCUCUUCCAGUGCCCUCACCAUCUGGACAGCUGGUCUAGGCCUGGCAGGUGAGACCCCAGUGGGCACCGUGUCCCAGAGCUGGGUCAAGCUCAGAGGGGAGAGGCUUGUUACUCCCAGGAGUCUGCCGAAUGUAUAAGAACUUUGUGGAGGGCAAAUGAGGUGCCAUGUCUGGGGGGUUGUUACAACACGGGCCCUGAAUCCCAGUCCAGACCAUGGUUGGGGGGCUUCCAGGUAGUGGGCUGAGAAGAGGCUAGGACUCCCACUGCAGGCACCUGUCAGGGCCUAGGGCCUCAGACUAGAAAUUCCACUUUGCCUGCCAACUGCACAGGCAGGGUUGUCCCUCCCCCUGGGCUGGGCUGGUGGGGCUGAGUCUCAGGCCCAGGCCCUGAGGUGGUGAAGGCGGGGAGGGGAGAGCGGAGAGGCCUGGGAGAGGAGAUUAUAUGGGGAUGUGUCUGUGUGCUGCCGGGGAACCCUCCUCAGGCAGAAAGUUUUUAUGUGGGGCAGUGACCCUUAACCCUGGCAGGACACAGAGGGACUCAGACUCACAUUUCUUGAACAUCAGUGUCCUGGCCUUGCUCUGGGCACCCUGUUUAAGCCCUCAAUGUCCUGGGAGAGAAGGACUCUGGUAGCCAUUUUCAGAGGAGAAACCGGAGGCCCGGAGAGGCCAUAGGACUCACCAGGAUCACACAGCAGAACCAAGGAGAGCAUGUACCACUCGCUGACAUACGCCACCAUCCUGGAGAUGCAGGCCAUGAUGACCUUUGACCCCCAGGACAUCCUACUGGCUGGCAACAUGAUGAAGGAGGCGCAGUCGCUCUGUCAGAGGCACCGGAGGAAGUCCUCUGUAACCGACUCCUUCAGCAGCCUGGUGCACCGGCCCACCCUGGACCAGUUCACGGAAGAGGAGAUCCACGCUGAGGUCUGCUACGCAGAGUGCCUGCUACAGAGAGCAGCCCUGACCUUCCUGCAGGACGAGAACAUGGUGAGCUUCAUCAAGGGCGGCAUCAAAGUGCGAAACAGCUACCAGACCUACAAGGAGCUGGACAGCCUCGUGCAGUCCUCGCAGUACUGCAGGGGGGAGAACCACGGGCACUUUGAAGGAGGGGUGAAGCUUGGCGUGGGAGCCUUCAACCUGACGCUGUCCAUGCUUCCUACUCGGAUCCUGCGGCUGCUGGAGUUCGUGGGGUUUUCAGGGAACAAGGACUACGGGCUGCUGCAGCUGGAGGAGGGGGCAGCGGGGCACAGCUUCCGCGCUGUGCUCUGUGUCAUGCUGCUGCUCUGCUACCACACCUUCCUCACCUUCGUGCUCGGCACCGGGAACGUCAACAUCGAGGAGGCAGAGAAGCUCUUGAAGCCCUACCUGAAGCGAUACCCAAAGGGCGCCAUCUUCCUGUUCUUUGCGGGGCGGAUCGAAGCUAUUAAAGGCAACAUCGACGUGGCCAUCCGGAGGUUCGAGGAGUGCUGUGAGGCCCAGCAGCACUGGAAGCAGUUCCAUCACAUGUGCUACUGGGAGCUGAUGUGGUGCUUCACCUAUAAGGGCCAGUGGAAGAUGUCUUACUUCUACGCAGACCUGCUCAGCAAGGAGAACUCCUGGUCCAAGGCCACCUACAUCUACAUGAAAGCCGCCUACCUCAGCAUGUUCGGGAAGGACGACCACAAGCCAUUCGGGGAUGACGAGGUGGAGUUGUUUCGAGCUGUGCCAGGCCUGAAGCUCAAGAUCGCUGGGAAGUCUCUACCCACAGAGAAGUUUGCCAUCCGGAAGUCCAGACGCUACCUCUCCCCCAAACCUAUCUCAUUGCCAGUUCCUGCUCUGGAAAUGAUGUACAUUUGGAAUGGCUACGCUGUGAUUGGGAAGCAGCCGGAACUCACAGACGGCAUACUUGAGAUUAUCACCAAGGCUGAAGAGAUGCUGGAAGAGGGCCCAGAGAAUGAGUACUCCGUGGAUGACGAGUGCCUGGUGAAGCUGCUCAAAGGCCUGUGUCUCAAAUACCUGGGCCGCGUCCAGGAGGCAGAGGAGAAUUUCAGGAGCAUCUUUGCCAAUGAAAAGAAGAUUAAAUACGAUCACUACCUGAUCCCAAAUGCCCUGCUGGAGCUGGCCCUGCUGUUCAUGGAGCAAGGCAGAAAUGAAGAGGCCGUAAAACUCUUGGAAACUGCCAAGCAGAACUAUAAGAAUUAUUCCAUGGAGUCAAGGACACAUUUUCGAAUCCAGGCAGCCACACUCCAAGCCAAGUCUUCCUUAGAGAAUGGCAACAGAUCCAUGGUCUCGUCAGUGUCCCUGUAGUUUCCGGACGGAGCUCCUGGAAAGGUUUCAAAAAGAUCCCCUCCCCCUGCCUUUAGGGUCCACCGGUGCUCCAGUGGGAUGGCACGACAUAGGUAUGGGUGCAGAAGCCAAGCCGGCAUUUUCACCAGUGUGGCCAAGGGCGUUUGCGAAGGCCAGACUAGGUGGGGCCCUCUGCUUGCCCUGUCCUGUAUACGGGUACUUGUUUCACUGUGAUGUUUAAGAGAAUGUAUGAAGCGUUUACAUUUUCCUUAGAAAUACACUGAUGGGAUCAAAGCUGGCUUUUAAAAAACCACCAACUAGCCACAUGUAAAUCAUUGUUUUAACCCAUACUGAUGUGGGGGUAAAUUUAUAUGAUGCCAAAGGCCAAAGUGCUGUUCAGACUUCAGGGAGGGUUCUGCUUCCAGGGCUGGAAGGCCCCAGAGGAGGAUCUGCACGACCGGCUUUGAGGCUUCUGGGGCGUCAAGAGGUUUCACACACACUCCUGCUACCUUACCAUCUUCCUUCUUAUGCUUCAUUUUCACAUCCUUUUAACUAACUUUACAAUUUAAAAAAAAAAUCAAACAUGUCUUUUUAGUGAGAUAAUUUUGAGUCCAUCUGUAGAAAAAAAAAAUCAGUCUCCACUAGUAAGGAAUGGUGAUUCCAGGGCCUGACGGAAGGGGAACCCCAAGUGAGACUCUUUCUGUGCCAAAGCCAAGAAGUUUGGCAGGUAGUUUCUCAGACACCAGUCUGCAUCCUUGCUGUGUGCCGAACUGAAACCACUGGGAUUCAUUUAUAAACGAACAUAAAACUCUUCUGUACUUCACUUGGAGGUACAUUUAUUUACAGACAGCAUUUUUUCUUAGAAUGGUUAUUCUUGGCCUAUUGUAUAUGUUUUAGAUUUAAGUAAAAAGAGAUAUUUAAGUAAUAAAACUUAUACACUUAAGAGAUCAUGCAA